CGGCGCUAAGCGAGACGUGUCAAGGGUCACGGAAACCACAGAGGAACAAAAGUGGGGCUUGCUGCAACCAGAGGCAGCUAUGGCAUCUAACAGCCUUUUCAGCACAGUGACACCAUGUCAACAAAACUUCUUCUGGGAUCCCAGCGCCAGUCGGAGGUUCAGUCCGCCGUCCAAUAGCCUCCAGCCGGUCCCAGGGAAGAUGAACGAUGUGAGCUCUCCAGCCGGGCAGCCGGACGCAGCGGCGGCGGUGCCAAGACUGCGUCCCCACGAAAACCGCAGCAUGGCCGAGAUUAUCGCCGACCACCCGGCCGAGCUGGUCCGGACCGACAGCCCCAACUUUCUGUGCUCGGUCCUGCCCUCCCACUGGCGGUGCAACAAGACGCUGCCUGUCGCCUUUAAGGUGGUUGCACUGGGAGACAUACCUGAUGGGACCGUUGUCACAGUAAUGGCGGGCAACGAUGAAAACUACUCCGCUGAGCUGCGGAACGCCUCAGGUGUGAUGAAGAACCAAGUAGCCCGUUUCAAUGACCUUCGCUUCGUGGGCCGCAGUGGCAGAGGCAAGAGCUUCACGCUGACAAUCACAGUAUUCACCAACCCACCACAAGUGGCCACUUACCACCGAGCCAUAAAGGUCACUGUGGACGGACCGCGUGAGCCCAGGAGACAUCGUCAGAAACUUGAGGACCCUCCAAAGACUGGUCUCUUCUCAGACCGCCUUAGUGAGCUGGAGAGGAUGAGAGUGAGGGUGGCCGUUCCUACUCAAGGCCCCCGGCCAACUCUCAACACAGGGGCCAACUCCUUCAACCUGCAGGGACAGACACAGAUAACAGACCCUCGUCAGUCCCAGUCCUCUCCUCCCUGGUCCUAUGAACAGACGUACCCGUCCUACCUGAGUCCCAUGGCGUCCCCCUCAGUCCACUCCACCACCCCCCUCUCCUCCAGCCGAGGCACGGGCCUGCCUGCCAUCAGUGACGUGCCUAGACGAUUGCCAGGUUCUUCUGACCUGAGUCCGUUCCCUGGUCAGUUUGAGCGGCAGUUCCCGGGCCUGUCCUCUCUCACAGAGAGCCGUUUCUCCAGCCCACGCAUGCACUACCCGGCCACCUUCACCUACACUCCGCCCGUCACCUCCGCCAUGUCGCUGGGCAGCGCCCACUACCACACCUACCUUCCCCCUCCUUACCCGGGCUCCACCCAGAGCCAGAGCGGACCCUUCCAGACCAGCAGCACUCCCUAUCUCUACUACGGCGCGUCGUCCGGCUCCUACCAGUUCUCCAUGGUUCCCGGCGGGGAUCGCUCGCCCUCCCGCAUGAUCCCGCCUUGCACUAGCGCCUCCACGGGCACCUCCCUGGUCAACCCCAACCUGCCCAGCCAGACGGAGGGAGGGGUGGACGGCGACGGGAGCCACAGUAACUCCCCGACUGUUCUCAACCCCGGAGGCCGCAUGGAUGAAGCUGUCUGGAGGCCAUAUUGAAGAAAACCAACUGAGAUUGGAAGUGAUAUCAUGGUUUGAAAGCACAAAACCUUUUUUUAUUGAAAAGGGGAUUUUUGGGCUCUCAUCAGCUGUCUCUACCUUUUACUUGGAAAUUAAGGUUGAGAUAAAAAAUAAACAAAAGACCAGACUUGUUUGGACUUGUCUUCCUGGAAUGUGUUUUGACCAAGGCACCACAAAGGGAG